AUGGCUGCAAUGUCAGCGGUAAUUAUGGGCGCCUGCUACCUGGACCAGGGACAGGUGGCACUUAAAGAAAUUGCUAAGGCUGCUGAGAUGUAUCUCUACAAAAGUCAUCCCAAUAGCCCUGGGAUUCUACCAAGAUUUCAGCUUCUUGGACAGGGAAAAUCUAUUUUCAUUGAUGCCGGAGGAUAUAGUAACCUCAGGCUAAUUGGACAAACACAUAAAGCCCAGAGUGAAAUUGCCUGUAUCAUUUGUCAAAACUAUUUUUCUCAGUCAGUCACCAUGGACUGUGGACAUAAUUUUUGCUUAGAAUGUCUCUCUAAGAGCUGGAGAGUUGAAAGCAUACCUUCCUCUUGCUCUAAAUGCAAGCAAAUUUCCCAAAUCAGAGAAUUCCCAGCAUCCAAUGGGAGACUGGAAAAGCUAACUGACAUUGAUAAGCAGCUCAGCUCCCACAGUUUGCAGAGUUCUGAAGGACCAAGAUGUCCUACCCACAAAGAAGUCCUCCAGUACUUUUGUGAGGAGGACCAGAUAUUGCUCUGUUUAGCUUGCUGCCAAAUGCCAGAGCAUGAAUCUCACAAACUCUCUCCUAUAGAAGAGGCCACUCACAAUUACAGGAAGAAGCUACAGAAAAUGCUAAGUCAUGUGGAGAAGGAUUUUGAAGAAACUAAGAAACUUCAUUCUCAAAAGGAAGAGGUGAAGACACCUUUUAUUGACUGGGGUCAGAUGAUUGCAGGAGAAUAUUACAGACUAUACAGUUUCCUGAUAGAAGAAAAAUCUCAGUGUCUGAAAAGAGUAGAAGAAGAGCAGAAGAGCAGAAAAGACAGAAUAACCCGACAUAUCCAAAGCCUUCAGGAAACCAUGUUAGAGCUGCAGGAAUCAAGUCAAAAGCCCCAAAUUGAUCUGUUACAGGACCUCAGGGAACUGUUGAAAAGAAGUGCCUCAGUGUUGUCCCAAACACCUGAGACUGUCGUUCCAGAGCUGAGAGAAUAUCCCACUGCCUGGAUAAUAGAUGUGCUCAACAAGUUUAAAGUGGAUAUCAGAGUGCAUCCGGAUUCAGAAAGUUCCUAUGUAACUGUUUCUGAGGAUCUGAACAGUAUGAGAGCUGGACAAGGCUGGAAGGUGGAGUCCAACCAACCUGAGGAGUCUGUUUGCCAUUAUGCCUUUGCUGAGCAAGUCUUUACCUCAGGGAGACACUAUUGGGAGGUAGAUGUGUCACAAAUACCACAGUGGGCACUGGGGAUCUAUAGCCCACACUUGGAAAGAAGAAGGAGGAAGAAUCCUAUUUCAUGUGCUUCCAUGUUCUUGCUUCGCUGUGUGAAGAAGGAAGAUCAUUACAUAUUUCAAAGUUAUCCCGAAUCAUUAAACCAUCGAGAGAAAGGUCCUGUGCCCAGAAUUGGGGUGUAUCUAGAAUACAGUUCUGGUACUGUCCUCUUUUACAAUGUUCUCCAAAGAUCCCUUAUUUAUAGAUUCUAUCCUAUUCUAUUCAAAGAGACUGUCAGACCUGUCUUUUCUCCUGGUCCCCCAAUUCCAGGAACAAAAGCUGGAACCAUGACGAUCUGUUCAAUAGAUUCUCAUCUUUGUGCCUGCUGCUAUUCAUUGUCUUGA